AUGGAUUUCUUUGAGGGAAACUCGAGCGGAGAAAGGCGAAUGUUCAAAUGCAAGUACUGCAAAAACAAGUUCACCACUUCACAAGCACUAGGAGGUCAUCAAAAUGCCCAUAAACGUGAGAGAGCCAUAGAGAAGAGGGACAAAUUGCUGAGUGAGCAUAUGACUUAUAUACCAUACCCAUUCUGGGACAUGGCAAUAAGAUCUCCCAUGCAUUAUUCUUCUCUUGGAAAGAACCUAGGGGUUGAUACGAGUUCUAUGAUUCAUAAGCCCUAUAGCCAUUGGUUCCGUGGUGGUUUUGGACAGGCCGGUGGACGGCGUUAUGGGGGGCCAUCAAGGCCACAUAUUAUGAACCAUCAACCUAGCUCGUCCCAUAUGCAAAAUGGAGGGCUGCAGCCUAUGCCUAGCGAUAUCUUUACAAAUGGCAGCCAUACUGGGGGAUCUAGCACUUCAAAGAAUCAGAAGGAAGAAGGGCCAAGACUUGAGUUGUCGCUUAAACUUUAA